CAUGGUGUGUGUAUUUCCUUCGUCGCCACGUCGCAUUUGCUUGUUUCAUUUUCGGCAUUUUCACAACGAACACAAGAGCGUAGACCAAAUAAAUCAGGACCGUCUAUUUAUCGCGCAAGUGUUCCCAGCAUCCAGUCAGUUGCAGUAAGUGCUCUUCCUCGGCAAGCAAACAACUCCAGUCGUACGUACUCACGUUAGUGUUACCGAUUAUUGUGUGCUAAACAAUCCAUAGCCUACCAUAGCUGCUGCUGAAACUGAAGCGCCUCAGCAACGCACAAAACAUUUCCUGAUUUAGUGUUCACAGCCGAAAAAACCUCACAGCAAAUAAAAACAGAAAGAUGGCCCCGCAGCAGCGAAUCCGCAUUGCCAACGAGAAGGCCAGCAAGAACAUCACGAUGCGUGGCAACGUGCCCAAAUCGUCCAAGAACACCGAGGAAAAGUACCCGGUCGGACCGUGGCUGCUGGCCCUGUUCAUCUUUGUCGUGUGCGGUUCGGCGAUAUUCCAGAUCAUUCAGUCGAUUCGCAUAGCAUAAGAGGAGGUGGAGGAGGAGAUGGGCUAACGAGAUCUGCUGCCAGACGCUAACAACAACAACAACAACAACACAACCAUCGUCUUGAUCACAAAGGGAACCAAUGGCCGACCGUCUCCGUUCGUGUACUGUCCCGGAAAAUUUUGUUUUCUUUUUUUGUGGUGGAGAAAAGCGCAUAUUGCUUUUUCCACUGUUGUAGUCUUUUUCAAGUCUCAAGAGUGCUACAACACAACCCCCUUCCUUCUCUCCUUAAUUGUAGCUAAAUCGCGGCGGAAAUCGGAUCGAAUGAGGUGUAAAUGUAACGUUUUUUGCUUUUAAGUGUACGUGUCUCUACGAGGCGUCAUUUCCAAGACCGCUUGAUAUAUAAUGUUUCUUUUUUUUUGUGCGCGCGUGUGUGUACGCUUUUCCCAGCCUGUGUUUGUAAAAUAUUGUGAUCGUGACUUUAUAUGUUUUGGAAGUAAAUCUUCCACGCACUGACUGAAACUGUUUAGUUUGCUUUUGCCACCUUUUGUUUUGCGGAUUGGAUGACGUAGUUGGCCUUGAGGCGGCGCGAGGCGUGAGUCGCCAAAACCACGCGAAAUGUCGUCCCGCCCCUAGCGUACACCAUAGUAAAUAACAUCGAAAGUAGGACGGGGUGGUAGGCACCUUCCAAUUCCAGCUAUGCUUUUAUGAUUCUACCCUGUCUAAAACUGUCAGGAGGACGAUGUUUCAUGAUCUUUCGCACAAUACAACACCCCGUACGGUCGGGUGGCGUAUCCGUCAGACGCCACACUCAGUACACGACGAUGCAGUUUCCAAUCUCUCUAGAACCUUCUGUUUGCACACGUGUUAAGAAAAAAAAGUGGGAGAUAACAGGUGAGAACACAUGUGAAUGUGUGUGUGAGUGUGUGGGAAGCGUGCAAUCAAUGAGUGUGUAAACAACGCAAAUGCCUCAACCGAUCUGCGCGAUCCUCUAGCCUAAGCCGAAUCUAAUCGAAUGCGCAUCGAAGCAGCUUACGAGAUACAUGCGAUACAAAGAGAGAAAGGUGUAGGGAAAGGAGACAGAAAACCACGCUCCAAACACAAGGGGGAGGAGACAGCUGUUUCCGAAUCUUUUAAAGACCAAACAAGAAAUGUGUUGCUUUUCUUGACCAACGUGUUAAAACGUUUACGGCCGGCGCGGAGCAAACCCAUGUAUGUUGGGGGUGGAUAGAGCAUAAAUAAUGAAGAAAAUACUUUAACAAAAAAAUAGUAAAAAGAAACACUCACAACACAACACAAACAAACAAUGGUCCCCCACUCAGACAACUCCAUUCUUAUUUUUUUGUCUUGCGUAUUCUUUAAAAUGCGGAACGCGAUGCGUAAAACAGUCGCAAAAGGGAAAUUGCAGUAUAUACACAUUAAGUGAAGUGUGGGAAGAAAGAGAGAGCGAGAGAGAGCACUACUUCAACUGACAAAAACACUGAUUUGGUGAAAAUUAUAUAUUAUCAAUGUGAAACAAAAUAA